GUGAGGAUGGAUGUUUCACCUGAAACAAAACUUUACAAGCAGUCAACAUGUAGUUACAAAAGCUUUGCUGGUUUGUCUCAAUCGGCCGAUGGCUCAUCACCCUGUGACUUCACAUGUGACUUGAAUGAAAAACAUGAUCUCAGCCAUCCCCCGAAAGAGAUCCCUCUUAGAGAGAUGGCCUCUGGUAGCCCAAAUUGGUUUGACCAGAGCCUGUCCAAACCCAAAGAGACAGACAAAGACUGCUCCAGUCAGGACAGCCUCAUGCCUCUGUAUGCUGCAUCUAUCAUCUUUGCCAUUGGAGUGACCCUUGCUUUGAUCCUGCAUAUUUAUCUGGGGGAAAGUUUGGUGUUUGUUAAAGGUGUGUUGGUGUCGGAUCAUGAGCGCUGCACUUCACUCGGUCAACAAGUCCUUCACAAUCAUGGAUCAAGUGUGGAUGCAGCUAUUGCUGCCGCCCUGUGUUUGGGUGUUGUGCAUCCACAUGUGUCAGGUAUUGGUGGAGGUGGGGUGAUGCUGGUUCAUGACAUCCACAAGAAUGAAACCAGGGUGAUAAAUUUUCAGGGAACUGCACCUAAAACACUUAAAGAGCAGAUGCUGCAAAAUGUUUUACAACCUGAGGCAGGUCUACAAGUAGCAGUGCCAGGUAUGCUCAGAGGGUUACAUCAUGCUCACUGCUUGUAUGGGAGCCUGUCAUGGGAGGAUGUGGCCACCAGAGCUGCUGCUGUUGCUAAAGAAGGUUUCAGUGUGUCUUUCGGUCUUGCUGAUGCCAUAUCAAAGGUGAAAGGUGAGCAGCUACCAAAACGCUUCAGGGCCAUGUUCUUCCCAGGCGGCCGAGCUCUGCGUCCUGGUUCAUUUCUGAGGAUGCCCAGUCUGGCAGGAGUCCUUGAGGCUGGUGUGUCAAAUUUUUAUGAUGGGAACUUUUCACAAGAAAUAGUGGAUGAGGUGCGAACAAAUGGAGGGGUCUUGAGCCGAGAGGACAUCUGUAACUACACUGUAGAGGCUGAGCAACCAGUUGAAGGCCUCUAUGAUGAGUUUAUAAUUAAAGUUCCUCCUCCCCCAUCUGCUGGUGUAUCAGUGAUAUCAGCUCUCAAUUUGUUAGAGAACAAUAACACGGAAAAUCAAACAUACCAUUGGAUUGUUAAGAGUCAUGCUGAAGUGCUUCGUCAGAGGACCAGUUACUCCCAUAAAACUCCACCCAUGCAGCACUCCCUCCAGCCUGAGCUGCAGGCUGGACAAGUAGUAGUCAUGGGGCCGGAUGACCUCAUGGUGUCAGUGGCCAGUUCCUUGAGCAGGCCUUUCGGGAGCAGACUCAUAACUCGGUCAGGUGUUAUUCUCAACAGCCUCGUCCUUGACCUCUCCUCGCCGAAUAAAACCAGAGGGCAAAGCAAUCAGGCAGAAGAGAGGCCCCUGUCACCUCUCAGUCCCACAUUGGUGGUGCCAGCCUGGCAUAAAUGUGGGAUCUACAUGGCAUUGAGCAGCUCAGGUGCACACAAGAGUUUCAGUACAAUCACCCAGGUGUUGAUCAGAGCCCUGUCCAACCAUAAAGAGAAAAAUGACAGCCUUUCCCUGAGAAGACUCCAUCCACCAAGCGGACUUCUCAUUGACUCUGAGUUUCCAGAAGAGAGUGAGCAGCUUAUGCAUCAAAAGGGCCACGUAGUUCAAAGAGUGAAGACAAACUCUGUUGUCCAUGGGAUCGUGAGGAUCAAAGAUACCAUUAACACCAUAACACUACCUUAA